AUGGACGACUCAAGUUGUGUGCGCGUUGCAGUAAGGGUGAGACCGCAAUCUGAGCGAGAGAAAGUUGAAAACAGUCACGUUUGUACAAAUGUUUUACAAAAAGAAGCACAGAUAACGAUUGGUGGUGAAAGAAGCUUUACAUUUGAUUAUGCAUUUGAUAUUGGAACUCAUCAGCAAAAAGUUUAUGAUGAUUGUGUUAAAAAUUUAAUCGAAGGAACUUUUGAAGGUUUUAAUGCAACCGUUCUAGCUUAUGGUCAGACUGGCAGUGGUAAAACUUAUACGAUGGGUACAGCGUUUGAUAUGAUGGAUGUAAUGAACGAAAUCGAUGUGGGUAUUGUGCCACGCGCCAUUAGGCAUCUGUUUUCUGGAAUGGACUCUCGCAAACAACAGGCUUUAGAGCAAGGUUUCGUAGAGCCUUGUUUUGACAUUGUUGCACAGUUUGUUGAGUUGUACAAUGAAGAUAUAAUUGAUUUAUUAAGCCAUGAACGAUCACCUACAGGCCUUCGUAUUCACGAAGAUGCGAAGGGAGAAAUCUUCUUAAAUGGUGUAACACGAGUUACAGUAACAAGUCCCUCACAGACACUGGAGGUCUUGAAAAAUGGUGCACUAAAUCGAAAGACUGCGUCAACCAAUAUGAAUGAACAAUCAUCGCGUUCACAUGCCAUUUUCACAGUGAUAAUUAAACAACAACGGACAGUUGUUGUCAAACCGUGUUUUGAUCCGCAAACUGUUGAACAAGAUGACGAAACUUCUGCAUCAGAAGAUCCUCCUGCGACUGAGCUGGAACUUCUAAGUGCCAAGUUUCAUUUCGUUGAUUUGGCUGGUUCGGAGCGUUUAAAACGCACCGGUGCUACUGGUGAUCGAAUUAAAGAAGGGAUUAAUAUCAAUUUUGGAUUGUUAGCAUUGGGUAAUGUUAUAUGCGCCUUAACUACACCCACAACAGUGGACAAAAUGGUGCAUAUACCAUAUCGAGAUUCAAAGCUGACUCGUCUUCUCCAAGAUUCACUUGGUGGAAACAGUCGAACUUUAAUGAUUGCCUGUAUCAGUCCAUCGGAUUGCGAUUACGUAGAAACACUAAAUACCCUGAAAUAUGCUAACCGAGCAAAAGAUAUCAAAAAUAAGGUUAUAGCAAAUCAGGAUAAGUCAAGCAAAUUAAUUGGAACUUUGCGCUCACGCAUAGCCGAAUUAGAGGCUGAAUUGUUGGACUUUAAACAGGGUCGAAUAACAGUUUCAGAUGGUAUUGAGUCCUUCAACGAUCAGUAUAGAGAGAACGUUUUGUUACAGGCAGAUGUAAGUCAAUUAAGAAUUCGGAUCAAGGCUUUACAAGAAACGGUUGAAAUGCUAAGAGCUCGGAAUGUCCAGCUGUUAGCUGAAAAAAAUGAAGGAUGUAUAAGAAUGCGUAUUUCGGACAGUCAUGAUCAGCAAGUAUGUAUUGAAAGUACAACUAACGAAGUAGGAGAACAAGAAGGUGAUGCAUUUGGUAAUGCAGUGCGCGUAUACAUUGAUGAACUUGAAUCUCUGAGAUGCGCGUUAAUGGAAUCACAUGCAACAAAUGAGCAAUUGCACCAGCAAAUGAAUCGCUGGAAAGCGAUAGCAGCGAAUAAUACGCCAAAAAUGCAUGUAGACUAUUUAGUCAACUGUGCUGCUGUUAUCAGCAAUUCAUCGGGUAAUAAUGCGGAAAGAGUCACAGCAUCCACUCCAACUUUUUCAUUGAUCCAGGAAGCAAAAGCGGAUAUUAAGCGUAUGAAACAAAGUAUAAUAGAAAGUUCACUUGAAGAGGAGAAGAUAAAUAAUGAUGAAGCGAAAAUAAAUGCGGAUGAUGUAAUGAAAUCUAGUGUAGUGAUGGAUGACUUUGAGGUGGACUAUGAAGAUGACGAAGAUAUCGAAGUUGAAAAUGAAGCAGAAACAGAAUGUUUUAAACUCAGAGACAAUCUCGCCGACUUACAGGCGGAAAUAUCGAUCAAAGAGCGCUUAGUCAUUGAGCUUGAGCAAAGUGAGCGUCGCCUUGCCGAGAAGUUGGCAGAAUUGUCGUUGCGGAUAAAUGAAAUGGAAAUAGAGCGCGAUCGAGUAUUGGCUGAAAUAGCAGCAAAACAUUCACAGAAAGUUGUUGAUGCAGAACAAGUUCGCAAGAUUCGUGAAGAUUAUGAAAGGAAACUAACUGCAAUGCGCGAUGAAUUCAGGAAGUUGCAGUCUGUUGAACGUGAACAUCGUCGAAUGCAAGCAAAACAAGUUGCAGAGCAGCAACAGCUUUUACGGUUGAGGAAUGAAUUAAAUGAAUUAAAGAAAACAAAGGUUCAAUUGAUGCAGCGAAUCAAAGAAGAAGCCAGGCGUGCUAAAGCAACUGAAUUAGCAAACAUGAAGAAGCUAGCUGGUUUAGAAAAAGAGUCUAGGAAGAAAGAUAACUUAAUCCAAAAACUUCAAAACAAAGAUCGUCAACGAGAAGACUUUCUAAAAAGAUCAACCGACGAAGUUAAUCGCUUGCGCCAGCAGGUCCGUGAGCGCAGUACUUAUGAUCGUAAAACUGAGCGAAGUGGAACACAGCGGAACAUGCGAUCAGCAUCACUGCGUCAAGGUUGUGGUACAGUCCCUUUGACGAAACUGGAAGUGAACAAGGCGAAAGCGAAGUGGAUGGCUAUUGUAAAAAAUAUACGUCGCAGGAUCAGUCAGCGUCAGGCAGUCACCAAGAUGGAAGACGAACUGGAGAAAAUUGUAGCUGAGAAACGUAUUCUAGCUGAAGAAAUUCAACGGCUAGAACAACAAUUUAUCAAGGCGAAAGAUCUGGCUGAAAGGGAUCUUAUUGGUGAACACAUUGAUGGUUGCUAUGCGAAAAUGCGCUAUGUUCAGGAACAGUUCACGGAAUUGAGAAAUACAAUUGCCGGUAUCGACACUGAGAAAGUUAGUGUCUUCUCCGGGUUUUAUCUCAGCAAGAUGUCUUAA